UCGCCAGACGAGCAUGGAGAAUGUGGAGCAAUGGCCAGGUGAGAGCAAAUGUGGCCAAAUUUGGGGUAAGGAUUCUUCAUGGCAGUGCCAAGGAUUCAAUCCUUCCAGCGAUGACAAACCUCUCCACCGAGGCCACGGCCAUUCUCGAAUGCCUGGCUUCCCCCGAGCUCCUCGCCAGGAAAUCCAUGCCCGUCAAUCAUCGAGUCUACAACGAGGUAGUCUUGGCGCUCCAGGACUCGGACAAGGCGCUCGCAUUCUUCGACUGGAUCACUUCGGGGCAGUCGCGAUUCAAGCACACGGGCUACACGAUCAGGCUCAUGACCGAGACCAUGAACAGGAUGAACAGGCGUGAGGAAUCCAAGGCCCUGUUCCAGCUGUGGAAGAAACAGGCAUUCCCAGCUCUCGCUGUGAAGUAUAGCGAACAGGGGAAUCUCCGAGCGACCAUCGAGCUUCUCAAGGACAUGGCCGAGAAUGGAUCGACGCUGUCCAUCCAGGAUCUAAAUGGCUGCUUGCGAGGACUUUGCAAGGCCGGCAACGUAGAUGGUGCUCUAGAGUUUCUUAGAGAAGCCAAGAACUCAUUCUCCUUGCGAGCCAGUGUCUCUACGUACUCGAUUCUCGUCGCUGCGCUCACGGCUGCCAAGAGGAACAACGACGUCUACGAGAUCCUGCGAGAAGUGAGAGGAACCGAAGUCAAGCUCGACUUGGUUCUUCGCAUCUCUCGGGUUCUCGACGAAGAUCUCGACAAGGCACUGGAAAGUUUCAAGGAGUUGUCCGAGGAGGAAUGCGUGGAGGCCGGUGGUGCCGAGUGUUUUCGCAGUCUAGUCCAAGGGUUGUAUCAGUCGGAUAGAAUCGACGAGGCCUGUGGCUUGGCUCUCAAGCUCGGCUGCGAGUCCGAGGACGUGAACUCGCUGGUUGACAGACUUUUGGAUCGCGGUCGGGUGGAUCGAGCCCGCGAGCUGAUUCUAGCAAUGGCACUCAGGCAUGGCUCGUCCUCCGUGAGGCUCCACACUUGCAACAGCUUUCUCAGCGCUGUUUGCAAGAAUCCGAGAAACACAGCCGAGGCUCUCGAGCUGCUGGAGCAGAUGGAGAGCGUCGGGCUCGAGGCGGACAAAGACACGUACAGCCUAAUCAUCCAUAGCCUGUGCAAGUCCGGGAUGGUGGACAAGGCGAAAGUGCUGGUGGAGCGUAUGAUCUCGAGAAACUGCGUUCCAGAUGCCAGGAUUUACGAUCCAGUGAUCGAGGAGCUCAGCAAAACUGGACGAGUGGACGAGGCCGUGGAGAUUGCCAAGGAAGCAGACGCGAAGCAUUGCACUAGCGUCGUCACUUACAACAGCCUUGUUCUGGGAUUUCUCAAGGCAAGGAGACUCAAGCGGGGCAUCAAAGUGUUCACGAGGAUGGCGAGAACAGGGCCUUCGCCGGACAUCUACACGUAUAACAUCCUCUUCGAAGGCUUGAGCCGGCACGGGCUGUGGAGAUUUGCGUACAAGCUGCUACCACGGAUGAACCAAGAUGGUGUUCUUCCCGACGUCGUAACUUUCAACUCGCUGAUCAAUGGGCUUGUAGAAGACAACCGGUACCACCGCGCUGUUACACUGAUCCAGGAGAUGGUAUCCAGAGGCUGUGAUCCCAAUGCCAUCACUUACACGAUUCUUCUCAAGUGGCUCGCCAGGAAUGCCAGGACCGACGAGUGUGUGGAGCUCUUCCAGAGGUUGCUCGACCGGAAGCUAGCUCCCAACGUUUACACUUACAACACUGUGAUGAGCGCUCUUUGCAAGGCCGGGAGACUCGACCAGGCUCACAGGCUCUUCGGGGUGAUGCUCGCGAGUGACUGUACUCCUCCCAACGCGAUCACGUACCGGGCUCUCAUUCACGGCCUCUGCUUGAAGAUGGAGCUGGAAAGAGCCGUGCUUCUGCUCGACGCCAUGGCCAAGAGGGGCUGCGCUCCAGAUGUUGCGUGCUACGGCACCAUCGUCGCGGCUUUUUGCAAGCAGGGACGGAUCGAUGAGGCGUUUGAGCUGCUCGAGAGGAUGCCGUUCGCCGGUGACAAAGUCAUGUUUAGGACACUCGUGAGAGCGCUGUGCAAGCUUCAGCUGCGGUCUUUCUCUGAGCAAAUCAGCUGCGACGAAAUAUAGAAGCAGGUUCCUGAAACGAAUCUUGCAGUAAACUUUGAUAUAGAAAAAACUCACUUGGAUCUCCAUGGUACGUAGCUCACAAUCCUUGAGUAAAGUGGAAGUUAAGCAGCCAGUUUACUGCCACUCAUUACCCAUUGAUAUUAAAUUAUUUUGCAUUUGCUUA